UUGUCGAGCAAGGUUGAGCCUCAACCGUACACCACCAAAAGUAACUGAUUGCAAGUACAUUAGGAACCUGAAGUGUCUGCUAGCUAAUGGAAGGAAAAAUACAGGGAAAAUCUGCCUCUGUUUCGAGAUUGCCCAAGUUUGGUGGUGGAACUGCUAAGCUCAGUGAGACUCUUCCCCAAGUUGUAUCAAAUGGAGCCUGUGUUCGCAGUGUCAGUGCUUCCAGCAGUUCAAAAGCUGGUGGCAAGCAAAAUGGGACUGGUUGUGUGGGUGCCUUUACUUUUAACUGGAAAAAGUCAGUUAAAACUAAAUCAGGUGGACAAGGUGUGAAAGACCCAGCUAGUUCCUUCCCUUGUGCUUUUCCAAAUGAAGAACUUGUUAAAAUUGAGAGACACUCUUAUUCGAAGGCUCCUCUUGCUAAAGAUCACACGGACUUGGGCUUUAAGAGUAAGUCAAGUGUAGCAUCCAGGCAUCAAAAACAGCAGCAGAUUACAUCUUAUGAUGAAGGAAGCAAAAUCUUUGUGGCUGGAUUAAAUCAUUCCACAAAAGGAAAUCGUGGUAAAAUGCUGGGAAAACCAUUCACAUCCUCACAAAUCGCAAGGUCCCAGUCAAUUGGCCAUUUUCACAAAACAGCAGUUGUAAAGAUGUCUGAACAAGAAGGGACUUUCUCUGGAUCAAGUAGUUCUAAAGAUAGUCUUAGCCUAUCUACAGAGAGCCUGAAGAACUUGUCAGAUGAGAACAUUGUACGAUCACAGAGUUUUUCACAUUCCAUACAAAGGAGCUCAUGUGGUACCGAUGUAAUACCAAGAUCUUUAUCCUUUUCAAAGGCUGCAGAUAGAUCUUGUCUGAGACAACAAAUGAGAACGAGUCUUCCCUUGAAAUCAAAUGGUCUUUGCUAUGGCAACACAAAGGGCACCAAUAGCUCAAGCACAAGUGAAUUACUCUGUAAACGUACUUCCAGUAGACCAUGCUUAAAAGCACCACCAUCUGCCUUCAAAAAAUCUCUGCUUCCUCCCAGUUGCCCCGCAGUUCCAUUUUAUGCUGCUGCUUCUGCCUCCAAGAUGACAAGAUCUUCAUUGAUGAAGUGUGGUAGGUUGGUCUCUUCAGGAACAGGAAGUAAUGUUAAUUCAAUGUCUGGAACCAUAAAAGAAAAUCCUGGGACCCCAAGUAUUGGUGAAAGUGGCUUAAAUAAUGAAAAUAUAAAUAUUGAAUCCAAUGCUGAAAAUGCAUUAAAUGUUAGCACUGUAGAUGAGAACACUGUAUCUGGAAUUAAUGAGAAACUUGAACCUACUUCUGGAAAAGAUAUUGAUAACCCGGAAGUAUUGACCACUUCAAUUGAUUCCAACUGUGAUAUGGAUGAUAAAAGUGAACAUUUACCUCAUUCAGGUACUGAGUCCAUAGAAAUUGUGGAUAGUGACAAUUCUAUUUCAGCAGAACUUCCUGAUGAUCUUUACAAUCCUAACGAGGCCAUGUCUUUCGCUGGAAUAGAGGAACCUUUAAUUGCUGCAUAUACAGGCACAGAUUGGAUAGAGACUGGUUUCUCUGUAGACCAGUCUAAAGAUUUGGAGAGUUCCCAGACCACAGCAUCAGGUAAUGAUCUUAUGUCUCCAGAUGUCAACUACGCAAUGGGUUCCUCCUUUGAACUUUCUCCUUCCAGCAGUUCAGCUGGCACUUACAUGUGGGAUGAAGAGGGCAUGGAGGCACUUGGUACCGUCCAGCAAUGUGGCAGCCUUGAGUCUUCAGAGAUGAACAGCCUGGAUAUUCUGAAUAACCUGGAGUCAGGGGAUCUGGAUGAAGAUGACCUCAUGUUGGAUGUUGAUCUGCCUGAGGAUACUCCUUGCAAGCUGGAGGCAUGUGAAAGUAUGGCUCAUCUGGAAAGAUCAGAGAGAGGAGCGAGGAACCAAGGGUUCUGGAGGAAGAGAUAUCCACGCUGGAGUGGACAGGAGCAGUAUCACCAUGGGAACAGUGAAAUACAAAGGAGUCCUGUUUCCCAGGAGCCUCCAGUGGGCCACUUUGAUUGGCAUGCGGCUUCAAGUUACUGCUGGCCUCCAAGCAGUCACAUCAGAUCCUCUCGGCCCAUGACGGAGAACACUGUGAUGCUGGAUGUACUGACACUGCGGCACAUGGUGCAUGACUGCACCUCUGUAAAAACACAGAUACUUAAAUUGAAGAGAUUGCUGCAACAGAAUGAUGAUGCUUCUCCAGUAAUAUCACCAACGCAAGAACAAGCUGAGGCCAUAAAGUCUACAGAUAAGACUGACGAGCUACUUGGGGAGAUCCAAGGGCUGCAAGAAGAACUGAAGAGAAAGGAUCGGAUGAUUGAACAACUGCAACAACAGCUCAGCACCAGAUGUAAUUGCCAGAAAGGAAAUUCUGACAUGAAAGGAUCAGCUUUUUCAAAUACUGACAAGACCACCCAAACAGUCGAUGAAGGAAUUUCUCCUCCGGUACUACAGCCUUCCAGCCACAUCUGCAGCUCCAAAGAACACAACAUGGGAAAAAUAGCAAAGCCAGUCCAUAUCGAGGACCGCAGUAGGUAUAUAGAGAGUGCGUCAUGUGAGAAUUACUGCCAAACCAACCAAAAUGCAAAAGCUGCUGUUUCCUCAGAGACAGAUUCAGCUAAACUCAGCUUCCUUCAACCACCCCCACAGAAGAUUGGAGACUCUAACGAGAGGCAGGUCCAAGAACAUGCAGUGUACAAGAAGACCAGACAGAAUCUAAAUGCCCCACCCAAGGAACAUGGGCAUAGUCAGGUUUCAGUGCAGCAGACCAGUUUACCAAGCUGUUCAGUUUUUACAGAAGAAUCAACAAAUAAAAACUGUCGCCCCAGGUUUGCUUUUAGACAGUGUCGAUCUUCCAGGGAUCCAAGUGUCAAAUCCAAGAUCCAGACUUCAACAAUGAAAUCUUCUCCACUCUCCACACCUAGAAAGAAUGCUGCUGCUGCUGUCUCUCACCCAGAGUUUUUCCCUGGAGAAAGUUCAGUUCAAUCAUCAAUUAGAGAUGUAAAGGAAUCGGAAUGUCAACUCCGGCUACCAGUGCCCAUCAACCUUUCAACACAAAGAGAUGAGCAGCAAAAGAGAAAAUCUAAACUACCGCCAUCCCUGUCAUCACCAAUUCUAAACAUUAAAACUACAGUGUUUUCGAUGAAUCCUGGGUCACUUGCCAAGGAGACUCAGCAUGUUGGAUCCAGCGAGCACCAGGAUGAAUCCCAGUUUGAGAUCUUGGCUUCCAACAAGCCACAGAAAAAGCAGUCACUUCAAGAAGACCAUUUGCGAAAGGUUCAGGGUUACAAUUCCCAACCAGAGAAAUCUGCAACUUCUGCCCGGCAUUCUCGCCUUCCUCAACCAAAGAUGCAUGUAUCCAAUCCCUCAAACUGCAACUUCCAGGGUUGACUGAAACCUGGUAUUAAACAUUUCCACUAUGAUUUACAUUGCAGGAUGAACUUUCAUCAGUUUAGAGCUGGCAACUGUUGACAAUUUAGCCUAAUUUACUUUACUCACUAUUGACCUGACUCUAAAAGACAGCUCCUGCAAACCUGACUGAUUUACUGUCAAAGACUUGGCCAUUUGUAGGCUCUUGAGACAGUUUAUAUUUGCAAUUUGUGGCCUUUUUAUUUGGGAGAAUACAAAGCUACAGAUGUGGGAAAUUUUGAUCAGAAGUAGGGAUGAUUUGGCCAGGGUGGGUUGGUGGAAUAGUUAGCUGUAUAGCAGUUUAUGAAUCUGUAAUGACCUGGACAUGAAUCACUUAGGUGUAAAGGUUGAUGGUGGUACGAUGCGCAGAAUUUCUUUAAAGCAAAUAUUAUAUUAAUUGUUGAAUGAUACCGUUGUCCUACAUUUCAGUUGGUCUGCAUGAGCAUCUUGUGAUUGGGAAGACAAUAACAGAAGGAGCUUUACAGGGAAACUGAUCAUCCCAAUCUAAAAUGGCCAGGCUAAGUUCAACAUUUUUGUUUGUUUAGAGCCAACAACUUAAGAAUACAUUUAAGUUAAAAUUCUGGAGGGCUAGGUUUCUAAAACAAGUAAUAAAAUAAAACUCUGCAUUACAAUGCCUGGUACAGGAAUCAUAUUUGCUGGAUUUUCACCAAAAGCCUAUUGCCGUUCAGGGACAGAAUGGACAUCAAAUCUAAUGCAUGAAUAUAAAAAGAGUGAGAAGAUAAUUGUGCUUCAGGAUAGAUUGCCAAAAUCUCAGUAAAGAUAUCUGAAAGGAUGAGUAUAGUCCUUUCCAAUUGAACUGGCGCUGAGCACAUUCUAAAUUACAACUCUUGCAUCUGUGGACUGGGAAAGAUGCAAUAUUAAGAUAAUUUGGUGAAAUUCCUCACCCACAUAAUAAUUGUGCAUGCAGGUUCUUCAAUGUACUGGUCGCUGUGCAACAGCCACUUGUCAACAAAUAUGUUUUCUUGAUGGCAAAUUACCAAUUAUAGAUUUUCAGUACCAUAUAUAAAUGCUGCCUUUGGUCAUGGCAUUGACUUUCACCCUGAUAGAUGUGGGUUUAAAUUCAGGCCAGAAUCACUGUAUGAAGUUUUUCUAUGCCUGCCUCUUAUGGCUUUUAAUGAGCUUCACUGAAUCUUUUAGACAGUCUUGCAGCCCAGUUCCCAGUAGACACAAGUGCACAGAACAGAACUCUACACUAAGUUGACAGCCUCCCUUAGAAAGGUUAAUGCAAGCAGAUGGUGUGGGGAUUUAAAGAUCCCACACUGAUUUUCCAAGAUUACUGAUGUGCUGGACAAACUGUAUCUGACUUUGGAACCAUGUUGCUAUGGCAUGAUCUUGGUAUGCUACAUCCUGGGCAGAACACUCAUGUACACUGGUUCUGACGGCAGAGAAAAGUGUUGUUCAUUCACAUCACCAAAUGAUGCUGCAGUUAUUUCAGGAAAGGCCAAGAUAUUUUACAAUUGUUGAAUCUAAACACCAAAAAUUCUUAUGUUUAAUUUGUUGGUGGCAUUUUGCUGUCAUCUGAACAUCACUCCUCUACUAGCUCAUUCACUGUAAUGUUGAGCUCAUGGUUUCCUGCAAUCAAUUACUACAGCUGAUAUAAAACAAAAUUCUAGCCCAGGCCCUGCUCACAGAAAUCACAUGAAACCUGUGGCCUCAGUUUCAAACAGCAAACCAAUUACUUAAUGUGGUAACAUUUACUUUUGGAUUGUGGGGAAAGAAAGGCAAAAUCUACACUUCCCAUUAAACCAGACUUUACAAAUUGUCCCAGGGUUUCAUGCAAGAUUUCACACACGUUGUGGGAAUAUGUCCUGCUGUUUCAAAGCUGCACUCCAUAUUAAUGUACAUAUCUUCAAUCUCACACAUACUUUGGACAUAUGGUGGGACAUGCAGAGCUGAGUUUUCCUCUCUCUUAUUUUGGAGUGAAAUCCCUUUUAGAUUUUGAUUCAAACAGAGAGCUCAUGGUGGGCAUAAAUGGCCACUGUCUCGUUUACAUUGUCACUUUGCAACUAGGGGAAAUCUCCUACUGACCCCCACUCACCCACCCCAUCAUGUCUGCCACUAAACCUAUCUCAUUACAGCUACACUUGAUUUCAUUGCAAAAAAAAUCCACCCCCGCCGGACCCCCCCAGUCUCUAUUUUAACAUAUGAAAAUAUUUUGCUGACACAGAUCACAUUUGCAAACCUGGAAAAGUGAAUGUUAUUUAAAUUCAGUUUUGUUUAAUAAGCUGUAUUCAAGCUUCAGACUCAGAGUGCUAUAAUGUGAUUGUAAAGUCAGAAGUUUCAGCAUUGAAAAGGGACCAGUCAAUCCUCCAGUCAACGCUUAGGCUUGCUCCACAUCACAGCUUCCCUACCCUGAUCUCACUGCCCCACUCUUGCUGCAUCUUUUUAAUAUUUAUCUUAGGUACCAUGGACUGUUCCUCUAAGUAUAGUUCUUGUCUAAAAAUAUAGCAGAAAUAUAAAGUCAAACUGGGGUAUAUGACAAGAAUUGAGAUCCUGUAAAGGUUCAUUUAGGCUUAAAACGUCAAAUACAUGACAAUUGGAACUGCAUGGUAUGUGUAAGUAGCAGUGGUGAAAGUAUGAAUGCUAUCAAAUCUAAAUUGUUACAUUCCUGAGUUUCUAUGUCAUACUGGUUGAUGCCCUGUGACAUUGGACAUGCAGAGUACAGACCAAGUAUAGUCUUCAGCUCAGACUGGAUUAGAAGGUGGGAUUAUUGGGCCAGUGUGCGGAGAUACAAACUCAAUCCCCUUUUGGAAGUCAUACACUCUUAUCCUUAGUUUUAUAUUUCCAUUAUCCACAUUUAUAAUAGAAGUGUCUAUGUAAGCUUGUCACAUUGUAAUCACUCCUCUUGCUAAUAGUGGCACUGCACUGCAUUCAGAUUUUGAAUAUAAUCCUAGAUGUAAGUAUAUACAUAGUGUGCAUACGGAUAAUAUACCUCAUUACAGGUGUUCACAAGUUGCAUAUUGCCCAGGUCGUUGCGGAUUUAUAAGUUGCUAAUAUAAUCAAUUCUGUGUCAAACAUGUACUGCUGUGUUGAAGUGCAAUAUAUACUGUUGUUAAUAACAAAAUGAGGUAUAGAAAGUACUCUUAUAUGUAUAUGCAAAAUUAAUUAUCAACUAAAUCUUUGAAGCUGCAUACCAGAUGAAAUGAACAAGGAGUUGCACUUUAAAUAAUUAUAUGUCAUACAGCUGUGCCUAUGCUGAGCAAGUGGUACCAACCCAGACAUGGGAUUUAUCAGUUUUCUGCUUUCGUUCUUGGAAAUGCUUAUUACUUUUGGUGGUAAGUGCUGUUAUCAUUGCACAGGAAUGUGGUGACUCACUGUACUAACGAUAGCCCCCAGCAGCGGUUCCGGUUUCAGUCAGGAGACGGACAACGUGCAGUUCUUCCAGUCCUGAUCACUCUUCUCCAGAAUGGAAACUGAAAUCCAGCUCGAAACAUGGAAACCCUGGAGGGGUGGGAAUAAAAAGAUCAUGCUCGUGCUGGUAGCUGUUUUAAUUCUUGUGAAUAUAAAACGUAAGCUAAACUCACAUCACCCAUGAGUUAUUUCCUUUUCGGAGUCAUGGAUUAAAACAAGCAAUGCAUUAACUGAUGCAACAACA